GGUGAAAAACAAAAGGGGGGAGCCGGGAGAGGGUGUUCUGUCUGGGGAUGUAGGGCGGGAAAGGGGGCAGUGCUGAGGCAUUUGGUCUGCGGAGAACUUAACAAACCCUCCCUCUUUUUCCCCCCUUUCUCUCUUCCGGUCUUUCUCUUGUCGGCGACUUUUCCGGCGUCUCACCACCCCCCACAGUACCUCGAUUCCCGUCUUCUUGCUCUUCUCUUUGUCUUCUUCCUUCCUUCCGCUGAAGACUUCGCCGGAAAAUUUACCACCCAGAAGUUGCAGAGCUUCCAGAGCCAUCCGUUCUUCGAAUCAAGUGUCCUUUGCUCCUGACUGGGACGGUGGAGAAGUCGAUGAUUUGGGGUGUUUCGCUCUUCAAGUGAUUGAUCUUGCAACCUGUGUCUCUUAAAUUUUUUCUUAUUACAGUUUGGAAGAGCUACUUUGAGUUGUUGCGAGUUUGGGUUUUCAGUUUUGGUUGUUAUUGACGAAUAAAACUAUAGAUGAGGUCCAGAAUUGGUUCCUUUCCUCUGUUAAAUUGUGAAAUGAUUAGUUGAAACUCUCAAAUUUCUUCAGUUAAGUGAGCCGUUGAGGAAGGUAGAUAUUCCGGAAUCCUCUCAUAAUGAAGUCGACGGCGAAUGGUGCAGCGGCACCGGCGACUACCAACUCAUGCGAAGGAGAGAGAAAGAGCAUCAACCCUGAGCUAUGGCACGCAUGCGCCGGGCCGCUCGUCACGUUGCCGCCGGUGGGCAGUCUCGUGGUGUACUUCCCUCAGGGUCACAGCGAGCAGGUUGCAGCAUCAAUGCAAAAGGAUAUGGAUGCACAAAUCCCAAACUACCCGAAUCUGCCUUCAAAGCUGAUAUGCCUGCUUCACAAUGUUACAUUGCAUGCAGAUCUAGAAACAGAUGAAGUUUAUGCCCAGAUGACACUACAGCCUGUUUCCUCUUAUGAUAAGGAGGCAUUAUUGACUUCAGAUCUUGCUCUUAAACAAAAUAAGCCACAAACAGAAUUCUUCUGUAAGACUUUGACUGCUAGUGAUACAAGUACUCAUGGAGGUUUCUCUGUGCCCCGCCGUGCAGCAGAGAAGAUCUUCCCUCCCCUUGAUCUCAAACAGCAGCCACCUGCUCAAGAAUUAAGAGCCAGAGACUUGCAUGAUAAUGUAUGGACAUUCCGACAUAUCUACAGAGGCCAACCCAAAAGGCACCUGCUUACAACUGGUUGGAGCCUAUUUGUAAGUGGAAAGAGGCUCUUUGCUGGUGACUCUGUCUUAUUUAUUAGAGAUGAAAAACAGCAGCUACUCUUGGGUAUUAGACGGGCCAACAGGCAACCUACAAAUAUAUCUUCAUCAGUAUUAUCAAGUGAUAGCAUGCAUAUUGGCAUCCUAGCAGCUGCCGCCCAUGCAGCUGCAAACCACAGCCCAUUCACUGUGUUUUACAAUCCACGGGCUAGUCCAUCAGAAUUUGUGGUUCCUUUAGCCAAGUACUACAAGGCUGUGUACGGAAACCAUAUAUCCUUGGGUAUGCGAUUUCGGAUGAUGUUUGAAACUGAGGAGUCAAGCACCAGAAGGUAUAUGGGCACAAUAACAGGAAUCAGCGAUCUUGAUCCAGUAAGGUGGAAGAACUCACAAUGGCGUAAUUUGCAAGUUGGCUGGGAUGAGUCCACAGCCGGGGAAAGGCGCAACCGGGUCUCAAUAUGGGAGAUUGAACCUGUGGCAGCUCCAUUUUUCAUUUGUCCGCCACCUUUUCUCAGAUCCAAGCGGCCAAGGCAGCCAGGAAUGCUAGAUGACGAGUCUGAUCUAGAGAGCCUUUUCAAGAGAACAGUGCCUUGGCUUGGUGAUGAUAUCUGCAUAAAGGAUCCACAAUCCCAGGAUGCUGUAAUGCCUGGCCUGAGCUUAGUCCAGUGGAUGAAUAUGCAACAGAAUCCUUCUCUCAGUAACUCGCCUUUGCAACCUGACUACAUGAGUACUCUAACUGGACCUGUUCUCCAGAACCUUGCUGCAGCAGAUCUUUCCCGUCAGGUGGGCCUGCCAGGAUCACAGAUCUUGCAGCAAAACAACUUACAGCUUAAUGUUCAGAGACUGACUCAGCAAGCACCACAGCUUGAUCAGAUGGUAAAGUUACCAAGCAUAUUGAACCAAUUAGGCUCAGAUAUGCAGCCACAGCAACAGAUGGAAGACAUUAGUCAGCAGCCUAGACAGAACUUAAUCAAUCAGGGACUUCUGUCAAAUCAAACUCCGGCACAAUUAUUACAGUCUCAAGUUCUGAUGCAGAGCCAUAAUGUUCAUCAACAACCACUUGUCCAGAACCAUCAACUUCAUGCUAACCUUCCUCAGAAUCCCCAACAGCAGCAGCAGCAGCAGCAGCAACAGCCACCACCUCCACCACAACUGCAGCCGCAGCAGCAGCAACAACCACCUCCACCACAACUGCAGCAGCAAUCAGCUAACCAAAACCAGCAGCAGAACCGUUUGGCAGCUCAGCUGUCACAAGUUAACCAACAGUUACAGAUGUCAGAACGUCAGAUUCAUUUGCAACUGAUACAAAAGCUUCAUCAACAACAGCAGUCACUCUUGUUGCAGCAAUCUAUGCAGCCACAGCUUCCACAGCUGACCCAACUCCAAGAGCAGCAGAGGCAGCUGUUGGAAGUGCCUCAAAAUUUGUCGACUGUAUCUACCUCAAACCUGCAUUCUCAGCCACAAAUGAUCUCCCAACAGACAACAAGGAAUAACAGCCAACCAAGUGUUCGGUUCUCUCAUCCGACCCAGCAGAAUCAACAUCAACCAAAGCUUCAGCAGCAGCAACCAGGCAUGCUGGCAGAGUUGCCUGGACAGAUGGUACUUCCUUCGGCCCCUACUGCAAAUCUUCUCUCAACUGCAGGCAGCGGUGUACUGACAGCCACUGCAGGUGGAGCACAGUCAGGUCUUACUGAUGACAUUCCAUCUUGUUCCAUGUCCCCUUCCACAAACAACUGUCCCAAUGUAGCCCAACCGAUCACAUGCAGUAAAACCCAAUGCAGCCAAGCAUUGCCAGAGGAAAUGGCCCACUCUGCAGCAACAGUCUUGAAUAAUUUUACCUUGGAAUCCAUGUCACCAAUCCCCAACUUAGUAGUCAAAGAGUUGCAGCAGAAACCUGAUAUCAAGCAUUCUGCAUCAGCAUUGCAUGUAUCUAAGAGUCGGGCUCAAGGGGUUGUUGCCCCACAGACGUAUGUUAACGCUGCAGCCCAGAUGGAUUACUUGGACUCAUCGUCUUCUGCAACUUCAGUUUGCCUUUCUCAGAAUGAUGGUUCCUUACAGCAGAACUUCCAAAUGUCUUCUUUCAAUCCCCAGUCAGUAUUGUUCAGGGACACUAGUCAGGAUGGGGAAGUUCAGGCGGAUCCAAGGAAUAAUGUUCUAUUUGGGGUGAACAUUGAGGGUCCAAUGGGAAUGCCUUCAACUCCUGAUCCGUUGCUGGUGAGGUGCAUGGAGUCUGGCCCAAAUCCUGUAUCUUCACAUGACAUGCUUGCCAACUAUGGAAACUCCAAAGAUGCUCAACAGGAGCUGUCAUCUUCAAUUAUUUCUCAAUCAUUUGGGGUUCCGGAUAUGCCAUUCAAUUCAAUUGAUUCGACCAUCAAUGACAAUGGCUUCUUAGGCAGGAGUCCAUGGGCUCCUCCACCACCUCAAUUCCAGCGGAUGCGAACAUUCACCAAGGUUUACAAGCGUGGAGCUGUUGGAAGAUCUAUUGAUAUUACUCGUUAUUCAGACUAUGAAGAACUGAAACAAGAUUUGGCACGUAGAUUUGGGAUAGAAGGCCAGCUUGAGGAUCGACAGAGAAUAGGCUGGAAACUGGUCUAUGUAGACCAUGAGAAUGAUGUUCUGCUAGUAGGGGAUGAUCCAUGGGAGGAGUUUGUUAAUUGUGUUCGUAGCAUCAAGAUAUUGUCACCUCAAGAAGUUCAGCAGAUGAGUUUGGAUGGGGAUCUUGGGAAUGGUGCCCUUCCAAAUCAGGCCUGCAGCAGCUCUGAUGGUGUAAAUGCAUGGAGAAGUGGUAACUGCGACCAGAAUUCUGGCAACCCUUCUGCAGGGUCGUUUGACCACUGAAUUGUGGUUGAAAUCAAUACAGCUUAUAAGAAUAAGAAGUGUGGAUCAGUGCAUGAUUAGGGUGACCAGCCAGACAAUUGUUUUAUGUAGGUUCUCUCAGUGGCUGUUUUUUCGCCUUGAGCCCUACAGUAUGUAGUUCAUGGAAGGCGUGAACAGUUACAAAUGAAUCAGGAUGUAAAGAAGUCCCUUGUGCAGUGGUCUUGAUUAGUUCAAGCAUAGAAAUUGAAGGCAACACAACUGAUUUAUUAGUAGGUAAAGUGGCCCAAUUUUUUUUUUUUUUUUUUUUGGGAGGGUGGGGGUGGUCUGCUAGUUUGAGGUUUUCAAUAGUUAGUACAGUGCCCAUGUAGACGGCUGAUAUGGCGAUAGGUAGUAUUGGUUGUAAGAUCAAUUUUCCUCCCUUCUAGAUGUAUUGCAGGAAGUAGAAGUGCACAAUUUGUACUGCUUGGUUUCUAAUGUAUAAAUGUGUAAAAAUGUAUUUUG